ACAUAAGCAAUAUCACUCCGCGUCGCAUCCUCAUAGCUGUUUUGUUUUUGUCCCAUUUCGAACUCUCUUCCCUCUCUCUUUCUACCUUUCUAUGCAACAUCAUCCUCCAUCUAUAUAUAGAGUAAUGGAUGAAAUCAAAUGACUCAUUCAAAUCUAUUUUUUUUAAUUAAUUCAUCAUUCAUUUCUCCAUUCCUUCAUUCUCCAUUGCGUUGGUUGCUUUGGCCUUCAAGGGAAUAAUGGCAGAGGCAAAGCCAGAUACACCCUUGAUGCCGCCAUCCUCGCGGAACCUUCCUGACUUCAAGAAUUCUGUUAAAUUGAAGUAUGUGAAGCUUGGCUAUCAUUACCUCAUCACCCAUGGCAUGUACCUCUUCCUCUCGCCACUCGUGGUGUUAAUUGCUGCCCAGCUCUCCACUUUCUCCAUCAAAGAUAUCUAUGACAUAUGGGACAACCUGCAAUACAACUUGAUAUCUGUCAUUAUUUGCUCCACUCUGCUUGUAUUUUUGUCGACCCUAUACUUUCUGACUCGUCCGAAGCCCGUGUACCUCGUCAAUUUCUCAUGUUACAAGCCUGAAGAAGCUCGUAAAUGCACGAAGAAGAAAUUCAUGGAUCACUCGAGGAUGAGUGGCUUCUUCACGGAGGAAAACCUUGAUUUCCAACGAAAGAUCUUAGAGAGAUCUGGCCUUGGGGAAAACACUUACUUUCCAGAAGCUGUGCUCAACAUUCCUCCCAACCCUACAAUGCAUGAGGCCAGGAAAGAAGCUGAGGCUGUUAUGUAUGGCGCCAUCGAUGAGCUGUUUGCUAAGACAUCAGUGAAGGCUAAAGACAUUGGGAUUCUGAUUGUGAAUUGUAGUCUGUUUUGCCCAACUCCAUCGCUUUCAGCAAUGAUUGUCAAUCACUAUAAGCUUAGAGGGAAUAUAAGAAGCUAUAACCUUGGUGGGAUGGGAUGCAGUGCAGGGAUCAUCUCAAUUGAUCUUGCUAAAGAACUUCUUCAGGUUCACCCCAACUCCUAUGCAUUGGUGGUUAGCAUGGAGAACAUCACUUUGAAUUGGUAUCCAGGGAAUGAUCGCUCCAAACUUGUUUCAAACUGUUUAUUCCGCAUGGGAGGGGCUGCAAUUCUGCUUUCCAACAAAAGCUCUGACAGGAGAAGAUCCAAAUACCAGUUGGUUGACACAGUUCGCACCCACAAGGGAUCUGAUGACAAGUGCUUCAGCUGUGUCACCCAAGAAGAAGAUGCCAAUGGCAAGACUGGAGUUACUUUAUCAAAAGAUCUGAUGGCAGUUGCAGGUGAUGCUUUGAAGACAAACAUCACCACAUUGGGGCCUCUUGUUCUUCCAACAUCUGAGCAGUUGCUAUUCUUUGCCACAUUAGUCGGGAAGAAACUCUUCAAGAUGAAGAUCAAGCCUUAUAUUCCAGAUUUCAAGCUAGCUUUUGAACACUUCUGCAUUCAUGCUGGUGGCAGAGCUGUUUUGGAUGAGUUGGAGAAGAACUUGCAGCUGUCUACAUGGCACAUGGAGCCAUCAAGGAUGACACUCUAUCGAUUUGGAAACACCUCCAGUAGUUCCCUUUGGUAUGAGCUGGCUUACACUGAAGCCAAAGGAAGGAUGAAGAGGGGAGAUAGAACAUGGCAGAUAGCUUUCGGUUCCGGAUUCAAAUGCAACAGUGCAGUGUGGAGGGCUCUGAGGACCAUCAAUCCUGCAAAGGAGAAGAGUCCUUGGAUGGAUGAGAUCCACCAAUUUCCAGUUGAUGUUCCAAGGGUUUCAGCCAUAUAAAUGAUGCUGUUUUCUCAAAUGUUUUUGUGUCAGCAUUAGGGAUAGUUAUUGAAUUGGUGGAAGCGGAUGCGUGGUAGGUCUUCUGGCUUGAGAGGUCACAUUUUAUAAAAAAAUUCAAUUUAGUAGCUUGGUUCAUGAGCUUUGAAAUGCUGGACAUGCGUUAGAGCAUCUCAAAUGUAAUUCCAAGCUCAAUCCGUGAUAUAUUCUUUUGUGUAUUGUAAAGGAAAAAUCUAUUCAUUCUUCAGUUAAUAA